UUCGUGGAGUUCGAGGCGGUUUUAACAGUUUUUGGUGGUUUUGGGGUCGAGAAUACCCCUUUCUUGAAAAACUUGAAAACUGUCGCGCGUGAAAUUUGGAACGCAAUUUAUCCAAACAAGCUUGCCCAUAUCACUUGUGAAAUAUGGGUGACACGCCGCAGAUAUGGAAAGCCCGAGAGGUGGAAAUUGUCCUCGAGUUUUUCGCAGAACUGAAAAGAUCUUCCGGGGAGGAUGGAUUGCAUAAGGUGCCGCACGAAACAAUGGAAGAACUCUGCCGGCGGCUGAGGAAAAAAGGUUACUUUAGGACAGUGAGCCAGGUAAAGUCGAAGUGGAAAUCGCUAAAGAAAAAGUAUCACAGUUCGCUGAACGACGUCAGCAGGGAUGAGUGGGACUAUUUUGACAGAAUGGACGAUAUCCUCUCGCGCAGUGAAGACGCGGACAAUGCUCCUGUUCCCACAGUUGAGAACGAAGACAGUGAAGACACGGGUGAGGCAGCCGCGGACAUCGACGCGCAAGACGACGUCCUCGCGGUUGUGAGGGCGUUUGUGGAGCACUACGAGGACAGGGACAAGAAGUUCCUGAAAGAGAUGCGCCAAAUGAACGAAGACUUCCUGCGGGAACAGCAGCGGCAGCAGCAGGAGUUUUUGACCAAACUUCAGGGCACCGUCGACAACGUCAUCCACAACUUCACAGCUAAUGUCCUCAGCAGGAUCGGCGAAGUGGUCGUGAAGUCUUGGGCAGAGAACGUGCUCCAUUCCUGAUUGGGUCCGGAGCACGUGUCUGCGUUGAGAAUGUCACUCUUGGGUCCCAGUCUUCUUUCCCCCUCCCUUCCUCCCGUGGACGAGAAGCAAUACUUUCUUCCGCUAAGACACAUCUAUCUUUUUAACAGUUACACGAUGUGCUUGGGAAGAAAGUGAUGUUUGCUUUUUUUAAUUGCUGCAAGGACGAGGUAAUGGAUUAUGUUUUUUAUUCGUAACUUGUGGUACAUGCUGUGUGACUGCACUGUUGUACUUGCAGUACUACUUAUGUGUACUGUGCAUCUGUUUUAAUAUGUGACAACUUUCUCAUCCUGCUUUUGUACAGUUUCUUACAUAGUAGAUAUCACAUAUGCUCUUUUGUGACAUGACACUGUGGAAAUAAAAAGGUACAAAAUUGU